AUGCCCUUUUUUUUAGAUGAUUCUUCUGUGUUGAAUACUCAGCCCUCCAUAUCCAAAAAUCCCUGGUCUUCAAACACCUCUUUAUCUCCUUUUGCCAAUACCUCCAAUAAUCCUACCUCUUCGUCUUCUUCUCAGUUCCAAAAUGUCUUAAAUCUGAUUGAUAACGAUGUUGCCAGUGUUGUUUCUAGUUUAAAUGCGAAUGUAUCCAACAGCAAUAAUUCUAAUCUCAACUCAAACAGCGCAAACAGUGGAAGUGUUAAUGGUAGCGACGCUGAUAGUGAUAUCUUUAGAUCUGGCCCCUUUGGUUUAACAAAGGGCACCUUAUCUGCUAUAUCUGCUCCACUAGGCUCGUUCAAUAAUCCAAAAAUGCAUCAAUCCAAAAUGUUCGGUGCUGCUUCAAUUAGUGGUGGUUUUCCAUCAACUGUCUCAAACCCUGGAAAAUUCUUGGAAAAAUUUUCUUCUGUUGCAGAAGCCACUAAAGAAGUUGAAUUGUUAGGAAAUUUAGGUAAAUUAUCUUUAGGUGCAAAUAAUAACAGAAGUGGAAUCUCAACGAGAAGAUCAAGUUUUCUUGACAACAACAACCCGGUUCUACUUUCUUCUCCAAAUUCAAUCAAUGAACCCACUUUAAAUCUAAAAGGCCAAUCUUUAUCUGAAAGAAUUGACAAUUUUUACACUUCUCCAAAUCAUUCAUCGAACAGUUCAAACAGCAAUUCAAAUGAUAACAAUUCCUCCGCUAAAACUGCCACUUCUGCUUCCACUUCAACGCCUGCUUCUACCAACAAUUCUUCUGAAACUACUUUCCACCAAACCUGGAACCCUGCUGCUGCUCAAACUUUCACCUCAAUGUAUAUGCAUCAACCAGUUCAACAACAAGAACCUUCUGACAUUUAUCCUCAAUUAUUCAACCCAUUUGCCUUUCCUUAUGGUAAUUAUCCAAUGCCAAUGAUGCCAAUGCAAUAUCAUCCUGCAAUGUCUCAUGAGUAUCCUCCUCAAGAGUUUCCUUCCAUCUCAACCAAAGACCUGAAUUCUGAUAAUAAAUCUGAUGAAAAUAAAGACUCGCUUGACGCCUUAUCAGAUGAAAAAAUUAAACCAAAUGAAUCCAAAAAUGUUUCCUCAACUCCUCUUCCAAAUCCUCUUCAAAAUCCUCUUCAAUCUCCCGAUUUUCGUGCUUUUCCAUACAUGUUCCCUUCAUUCAACCCUUAUAUGUUUCAGCCUCAAUUGCCUUUUGCCCCUGGUCAAGUUUCAAGUCCAAUGUUAGCUCCCCAACCUACUCAUGCUCCUUUAACUCCACCAAUGCCUGCUUCUUCUCCUCUCUUGCAUGGUCAAGCCUCGCCAGUUAACACUAAAGCUUUAUCUCCCCCAAACCCUGCAAAUAACGGUUCUUCUUCUAAACGUAAAUCAAAACGUGAAUCAAACAAAUCAAAAUCUUCACCUCCACCAAAUAGAUCUGGAGCUUCAACCUCAAAGCCUAAUGGCUCUCAUAUUUAUAGAAGUCCCUUGUUAGAAAAAUUUCGUGCUAACAAAUCAAAUAAAGAAUACACUUUAAAGGAUAUUUUCAAUCAUGGCAUUGAGUUUUCUAAAGAUCAACAUGGUUCGAGGUUCAUUCAACAACAAUUGGAAGAUUCUCCUGAAGCUGAAAAGGAGGUUUUUUUUAAUGAAAUUAGAGGUGUCGGAAUGGAAUUAAUGGUUGAUGUUUUUGGAAAUUAUGUCAUUCAAAAGUUUUUUGAAUUCGGCUCAGACGUUCAAAAAAAUGUUUUGUUUGAAUUAAUGCAAGGUCAUAUCUAUGAUUUGUCUCUACAAAUGUACGGUUGCAGAGUUGUUCAAAAAGCUAUUGAAGCAAUUGAUGUUGACCAAAGAAUUUCUAUUAUUAAUGAACUAAAAGAUCAUAUUUUGGUUUGUGUUAAAGACCAAAAUGGUAAUCAUGUUAUUCAAAAAUCUAUUGAAUUAAUUCCCUUUGAUAAAGUUCGUUUUAUUUUAGAGAUUUUGCAAAAACACAUUUACCAUCUAUCAACUAACCCUUAUGGAUGUAGAGUUAUUCAAAGACUAUUAGAAUACGGCGAAAGAAAAGACCAAAAAAUUAUCUUGGAUGAGAUUUCUAAAUAUGCAUUUUUUUUAAGUCAAGACCAAUACGGAAAUUAUGUUAUUCAACAUAUUUUACAACAUGGAGAACCUAAUGAUCGUGAUUCUAUGUGUGAAGUGGUUCUAGGAAACGUUGUAACUUUUUCCAAACAUAAAUUUGCCUCAAAUGUUGUUGAAAAAUCAAUUGUUUAUGGGUCGAUCAAAAACAGAUACAGAAUUCUUGAUGAAGUUCUUGAAGGUAAUGGAAAAGAUGAUAACAAAGAAGUUGAUGAUAAUUCUUCUUUAGCAUUGAUGAUGAAAGACCAAUUUGCUAACUACGUUGUUCAAACAUUAGUUGAUAUUACUGAAGGACCUAAAAAGAAGAUUUUAAUUAAAAAAAUCAAACAAUAUUUACAAAAAAUUUCAAAACCUACUUAUGGUAAGCAUUUAGCUUCUAUUGAAAAACUAAUUCAUUUAUCCGAAACCACCAAUGUUGAUGAUAUUGAUUAA